AGAUGCGUUGUCAGCUGUGAGGACUAAGAUGGAAUUCCAGUAAUAAGGGUCUCCGCUUCUUUACACUCACCAUAUGAAACACAGCAGCAUUAAGCUGCUACUUUACACUGGUAUUCUGUGAGAGUGUGGUCCUUCCCUGGUCAAGCAGACUGAUUCGUGCUACAACUAUACUAUUAAUAAUGCUGCAACAUGGCUCUACCACAUAAAAGAAGUAGAAAGGGAAGAAUAUUAGAUAGAGAUCAAUAAUUAUUUAUUUUUAACUUAAGUAUAAAUAGUUAAUGCCUAGUUUUGAAUAUGCAACUGCCAUGUGUGAAGUCUUGGAUUCAAUUUUCAGGUUGGGCAGUGUUAAUUUUUUUAUGUAUAGUAGAAUAGAUGUGAAUGUGUGAUAUUGCACCUACACAGGUAUAAUUAACCCCCAACAAAAACAUAGGUUCUAUUUGUCUAUGACAUUGUAGCUCCCAAAUGGAUGAACAGAUUUAGAAUCAGUUUUUUCUGCAUGAAAGAUGACUUGAUCAAUAGUGUUUUAAACUAUGAUUCAGAAAACCUGUUCAGCUGUUUACAUCAAAGAGUAUAGUAAUAUAUAAGGAAUAGAAGGUUUACAUAUUAUCAUUAGCUCUUGUCUAUUUUGUAUCUGAGGUUUUUUAAAUUUUUUAUUUAGGGUUAUUUCUAAAUCAGUGUGAUGGGUGUCUUGAGCCUUAAUUUAAAAUGUAAAUUUUUUUCUAGCUCAAGCAGUUCCUGGUGUUGAAAUAACAGCACCUGCCCCACCUUUAAUAUUGAAUGUUCAAGAGUCUCAAUCUGAUAUGCAAAUGAGAGAUCAACUGCUUACUGAAUCUGUUACCAUGCCUCACCAGCCUUCUACAUCUGGUGUUCAGGAGACUCUACUGGAUAUUGAGAUAAGAGAACAACUGCGUGCUGAAUCUGUAACCAUGCCUGCCCAUGCCGUACCUUCAACAUGUUGUGCUCAAGAAACUCUACUGGAUAUUGAGAUGAGAGGACGUGAAGAACAUGGUAAGCAGAAAGAACACAAUAAACAGCAUAAAAGAAAAUCAACUAAACCAAAAGGUCCUUAUGUACCUUUGACAAAACUUAAACAAUUUAAUUCGAUACUAAAGCAGCUAAAGAAAUGUGAAGAUAAUAAGAUGGUUUUGAAAAGAAAAUAUAUUCUUGCAAAAAAAAUGACGAGAACCACAGCAUUUAGAAUUGUAUCAUCAAAAAUGUCAGCUACUGCUAAAAUAUUCUGCCAAAUGCAAGCUUCUCAGAGUGGCAAGAAAAAACAUGGCAGGCGUUUCACACUAGAUGAAAAAAUUUCAGCAUUGUCGCUGUAUAAGCCAGCGCCUAAGGCUUAUCGCUUGCUAAGCAAUUUAUGCGUUUUGCCAAGCAAAAGGACACUGCAAAAUUUAUUGCAUAACUUUGACUUAAAUCCUGGAGUCAAUGAGUUAAUAUUUGAUAAUCUGAAAAAUAGAGUCUCAAAACUGCCUGACAAUUACAAAUAUUGCUCAUUAUUGUUUGACGAGAUGGCAAUUGGAACAGGGCUUACUUAUGACAAAAAAAAAAGAUAAAAUACUUGGAUUUGUUGACAAUGGAGAAAAAAUUGAAUGUGAAUUUUGUGAUCACGUGCUGGUUUUUAUGAUCAGAGGUAUAGUAAAAAAAUAUAAGCAGCCUAUAGCUUAUUAUUACUGCAGUGGAAGCACUAAGGCCGUUGAACUUAAGGUUUAUAUUAAUAAUAUUGUAAAAAAAGUGCAGGAAACGGGUUUAAAAGUUGUGGCAACUAUAUGUGACCAGGGUACUUCCAAUGUGGCAGCCAUAACUAUGUUAAUAAAAGAGACAAGAAGUAUAUGUACGAAAUGGAAAAAUAUACAGGGAAGGAUUUUUCAAAGUUGGUAACGACAAAAUUUUCCUCCUGUAUGAUCCACCUCACCUCAUCAAAGGAAUUAGGAAUAAUCUAAUUACAAAAGAUUUAAAAUAUACAAUGAAAGGAAAAGAAUGUACAGCAAAAUGGUCCCACAUUGUUCAAUUAUAUAAUAGGUGCCCAGGUUACAGAGGUGUCAAGCUAGUGCCUAAGCUGACUGCUCACCACAUCCUACCACAUUUAAUCCCAAAGAUGAGGGUGAAACACUGCACACAAGUGUUUAGUCAAUCUGUUGGAGUGGGCCUUGCGUGUAUGGCAGAAUUGGGAGCUCUUGAUAAGAGCAGUUAUGAGACAGCGGAUCUCCUAUUAUUUUUCGAUGACCUAUUUGACAGCGUGAAUGGUAGUUUCAGCGAAAUUAUAGGAGGGAAAAAGUAUCGUGCUGCAGUAACUCCAACUUCACCGCAUCACAAUUUGUGGAAUUAAAGUAUCCCAAUCCUCAAAAGCAUGAAAUUUGUAAGCAGCCAGUCAAGGAGUAGUGCCAUCUUUAUCCAGUUGGAUUAAAACAAUAGAAAAUUAAAAAAAAAUGUAAUUGUAAUAAAUCUUAAAGACAACAACACGGCAACAGAAUGUGAGGAUGAAGUAGACUACGCUCAUUUGUAUAUAGACCCUAUAAACACAGAUGCACUAUUAGCAAGUAAAACUCCAAUGGAUAUAGAAAAAAUGCGCAGCAAUAGGUUAUUGCAGUGGCUGGAUAGCACAACUUGCCAAGAAACAUGUGUUUAAAAAAUGUAUUACUUGCAGGCAUGAUUUGGAAGCAGAAGAUUUAUUAAAUUUUCAUAAAUUUAUAAAAAUGAAAGAAUAUGAAAAUAAAAGUGGUUGUGCUAUCCAACUAGGGCAUUGUCUGAUUUCUUUGCCCAAGUUGAACACAUUUCCAUAGAAACAUUAAUAUAUUAAAUUGAUUAUGACGGUUAACUUAAAAACUUUUUAACAUGUUUAUUACACAAAAAUGAUUUAACUGAUUAUUUAAUUAAUAAAUCCACAUUUUUUUUAUAAACAAUUGGUGCAAAGAUGUAAACUAAUGUCCUCACUGGAAAAAUAACCUUUUGGGAUGUCAAUGACCCUAUGAAGGAAAAAGCUCACAGACACUACUCUAAAAAUAAAGGGAGAAAGAGGAUAAGACAAAAUAAUGUCUCUGUAAUAAAUUCUACAAGAUUAAAUCUCUAAAAAGU